AUGACAUCAGAGGACGAUGACAUUCAGCAUGCGUCGAUAGCGCCAGGCGACCACACAGCGUAUCUACAAUAUGCGCUCUCACUCGCAAAGAGGUCGCCACCUAAGCCUACCAACUACAGAGUUGGAGCUGUGAUCGUCAACCCUGCCAACAAUACGGUCGUCUCAACGGGCUACACGCUGGAGCUUCCCGGUAACACACAUGCCGAGCAAUGCUGCUUCAUGAAGCUAGCCGAGCAGUACGGGGUAACCGAAGAAGAACUCGGGUCGGUGAUCAAGACGCCUCUAGCCCUUUACACCACCAUGGAGCCAUGUUCGAUCAGGCUCAGCGGAAAUCUACCUUGCACCAAGAGGAUCCUCCAACUGCGGUCUUUCAUCAAGACUGUCUACGUCGGUGUUCAAGAACCGGAAAAGUUUGUCAAGGACAAUACCGGGCGGGGUGCUUUUGAGAGGGCUGGUGUCGAUUUCGUUCACGUCAAGGGUUUGGAGGGCGAGAUCCUGAGGGUGGCCACAGCUGGCCAUGUCAAGAACCCAUCAUAG